GGCAUUAAAAGAGAAUGCAUAAGUUUCGUGGACAUUAAGAGUUUUACCGAGGUUGCCAAACAAGAAGGGAAAGAAUGCACUUCGCAGAUAAAAAACAACUCAUUGCUGUUCUCGACUUGAACUCAACGUAUAAUUUAUAGUAUUCGUCAGUUAGAAGAUUCUCCGUAAUAUUAGAGAGAUUGAACUAAUGAGUUAGUUUACAGCAUGUUUAUACCGCACAAGUCAGAACACCAAAUGAACAGCUUGUUCUAGAUGAAUAAUAUUCAUUGUUAUUAUUCUUACACAUAAGCUGUAGCAUAAUUAAAUUAUUAUUCUGUUUGAUUCAAGUUUUUUAUGAGAGGAAAUUUGGAGUAAUUUGGCCGCGAUGAAGCGAAUCAUUCGGCCGUCGAUUCUUCAUCUUCUGGUUCUCGCCUGCAUCACAAUCUUUGGAGCCAUGUUCGUAGUUGAGGUCAAAUUCGCGAUGGUGAAGGGGACAGUGCCGCUUGAAAAUCAUUCAACUUAUGAGCACUUUGCAGACCUUCGCGAGGUAACAUUCAGACUGAAAGGACCACUUCAGCCUGAUGAUCCAUCCCUGAUAUCCGUCAUCAAGCGUGACUAUUUACGGCCUCCAGGAUCAGGACCUUACCAGUUGCGCCACCUUGUCUCAGGCGACUACGAAGAUAAAUUGAUCAGCGAGCUUUGGAUAGACUCGUACCUAAGGGACAUUUAUCCUCCUGGUAAAAAAUGAUAUUUCGUGGAAGCGGGAGCAUUGGAUGGUGAGUACCUCUCCAACACCCUGCGUCUGGAGA